AUGUCCAGGAGGGUUAUUACAAGAGACGAUAUUGCAGCAGUGAUUGCAUUGUACAAAGCAAUCCAUGUACUGAGAGAAAUUUCUGCUCAGACUGGUGUGGCAUUACGAGUUGUUAAAAAUCUUGCCAAACGUUUCCGUGACCUUGGAGAGGACGAGUUACCAGCUCCAUUACCUAAGUUUGGUAGGCCUAAAUUAUGGUCUCCACGGACACUUCAGGUUAUUUCUCGACAAGUUGGGUCCAAUCCCUCACUCACAGCACAUGAAGUGAGAGAGAGAAACCCCUGUCUUUUGAGUCACGUCUCGUUACGUUGUGUUCAACAAGUCCUGCACGAUGACCUGGGAUUUAAGAGCUUUCGUGCCCGCCGUAAACCUCUUUUGACAAAAAAGCAGAAGGAAAAUAGAGUGAAAUUUUGCAAGAAAUAUGAAGUGUGGGAUUUAGAGACAUGGAAAAGUGUAUUGUGGUCCAACGAGGCUACGUUUUCUGUAACUGGGAGUAGUGGUGGGAGGGUGUACCGCCCGCCCCACUGA